CAGCUCGGCGUGCCAUCCUGCUGGAGCGCGUCUCAGGAAAGCGCUGCGCUCGGACUGUUGACGGAGACGACAGCAUGUUCCAUCUCCACACCAGAGGGAUGUUUCUUUCUCUGUGUCUCACUCGAGCGGCUUUGUCGCUUCUGCACCCCGAGUGUGAAUUUUACUUUCAGCUGGAGAAAGAGGAGCGCCUCUGCCAACAGUACAUCGCCGAGCAGGAAAACAGGAGCACGGAAGAUCUCCUCUGGAAAGGUUGUCGGCCAUUAUGGGAUGAAGUUGUCUGCUGGCCUCAAGCUGCCACUGGUGAAACUGUGCAGAGAGGUUGUCCAGCAGUCUUUUCUCUUUUCAUAAACAACACAGGGUCAGUGAGCCGAAACUGCACCAGCCGAGGCUGGUCAAAGCCUUUUCCGGCGUACCACAUUGCCUGCAACGUCGAAGAUGACAUUCCUGAGACAGAGCAGUCGUAUUUUGCUACUGUGAGGCUGAUAUACACCAUCGGUUACAGCAUCUCUCUGGGGGUCCUGGCUGUUGCUGUUUUCAUCCUGCUGAUCUUCAGGAGGCUGAGAUGUGCCAGGAACUUCAUUCACAUCCAGCUCUUCCUGUCUUUUAUCCUGAAAUCUGUGGCCGUGUUCAUAAAGGAUGCCAAUCUGUUCCCAAGUUAUGACACCAACCACUGCACCCUGUCCACAUUUGCCUGCAAGGCCUCUGUGGUUUUCUGUCACUACUGUAUGAUGACUAAUUUCUUUUGGCUCCUGGUGGAGGCGCUCUACCUCAAUUCCCUGCUGCUCUCCUCUUUCUACCACAGCCGCCGCUGCAUUUGGGGCCUCAGUCUGCUGGGAUGGGGUGUGCCUGUUUUCUUUAUACUUCUGUGGAUUGGAUCCAGGGUGUACUAUGAGGACACAGAAUGCUGGGACAACACCAGGGACUCACCAUACUGGUGGAUCAUUAAGGGACCAAUUGUGGUCUCUAUUGCGGUCAAUUUUAUGCUUUUUGUGAACAUCAUCAGAAUCCUCAUACAGAAGCUAAAUCCUCGGCUGAUCCAGUUCAAUAACUCCUCUCAGUACAGGCGCCUGGCCAAGUCCACCCUCCUCCUCAUCCCUCUGUUUGGAACCCACUACAUGUUCUUCAGUUUUCUGCCUGACUACUUAAACAACCUGCGUUUCUAUAUCGAGCUCUGCCUUGGAUCCUUUCAGUUCAGGUGUUCACUCAGCUGCACUGCAUUUUAUCUGUUAGUCUCACCUGGUUCCAUUGUCACUAAUCACCUCCCCAGCAGUGAUAAGUCAGGAUUUCUUGUUGCAGUCCUCUAUUGCUUUCUUAAUCAAGAGGUGCAGAAAGAGGUCCACAUGCAGUGGCUAAAGUGGCAGGAGAGGAGCUAUGGGGUGGUGUUGCCUGCUGCAAAGGGGAGCCAGAUGGACACACCCUUCUGAUAUCUUUCUGAUGUCAUAACAAAGUGUUGAUAGAGGACAGUUUCUGUGCACGUUGCGUCUAUCUAUUAAGCUGAACACGGAUACUUCACUGAAAUCUGCAAAUUCAUCCAAACUGUGUGACAGACUGUUGUACUGACUGCCAUUUUUCAACCAGAACACAGAACAAUUUCAUCACACAUUCACAUUUUAGUGGGAGUGGUGGCCUGGUGGUAAAAGAGCAGGGCAUUUGCGUCCUGGAGAGGCCACAAGUACCCUGGUUUGAAUCCCACAGCCUGCCAUUCUGGGUCCCUGAGCAAGACCCUUAGCCCCUGAAUGCUCCCCGGGUGCCACACAAUGGCAGCCCACUGCUCCCUAAGGGAUGGGUUAAAUGAAAAGAAUAAUUUCUCCAUUGAGAGAUCAAUAAAGUCUAAAUUAAUAUUAUUAGUAUUUUUCACAACAGCUCUUGUGUACAUCUCCCAAACUGCACACUAAACACACGAAAAGAGCACCUUUCUGCCUUGGAGGCAUCACUCGAUAAAUUAAUGAUUCAGUUUCAACAAGCUGAAAGAUCAGUAUAUAAUUACGGAGCCAUCAUUUAGGAAGUAAAAUGUUAAUAGGGUGUUUAUUUUAAUCAAGAAAACAACAAAGUUUCCCCAUUUACAUUUUAAUGUAUACACAAUGUGAAUUUAGCAUUAAAGCUGUGGCCUGUGGUGGUUUUUAAUAUUGGCUACAUGGACAGUUGCCCAGGGUGGUAUAAGAAAGGAUUGCGUGUGCAUUAUAUAUAUAGAAAAUAUUUGCGCCCUACAAAUGUUUUAUAUUGGUUUUAUGCUUGUACAUUGUCCUUGCUUGCCCACGUGGAGUGAAGUUAUCCUGAGAACUCUUCUGUUUCUUUAGCUGGAGUGCCUGAUUGAUGCUCCUAUCCAUGCUCAACUGGAAAAUUUCAAGAAAUUAUGUUUUCGCAAACUGUGUUUGUGGUGGGGGUUGGAGGCGGCAGAAGGAGAGGCUCCCCCAGGGUGCCAUUUACACAAGA